AUGGACCUUCUAUUAAAAGAAUAUUCAAGUAAUGGUGUCGCUACAGUUUGGUCAUUGGCCACACUGGGUAGUUCCAACGGUACACGUCAAGGCACUUAUAAUUCAAACAAAGGAAUCGUUAAAAAGAAAGAAAUUUUGGAUGUGUCCAUACCAGAUACAUGUGAAGCUAUCAAAUUAAAUAAAGAUGAUUUUUCUCUGAGACAUAUAUCUAGUCUUCUAUAUGGUGUCACUAUCUGUUACAAUAGAAAGACAGAGUACUUUCUUAACGACAUUACAACUAUACUUUCACAACUUACGAGAACCGUUUCACAAAAUUGGAAUAUUGUCAACCUUAGGGCACAAAAUGACCCAAAAAACUUUACACUGCAGACUCUUGCGGAGUUGAUUCCCACAAGACGUAAACAGUUCUUUGGGGCGGCUAAUACGUUUCUAAAGGAUGAUAAAAAUUUUGAUAUCCAAGAAAUUCCAUCCUUUGAAGAUUACAUGAACAGUCUUUUAACUUCUGUAACUAGCAAUAAUAAUUUUGAAUCAGCUCUAAUUAGAAGAAAGGAUUACAUAUCAGAAUUAAAUAAUUCAAAUUACCCAGGUCGUGGCGUAUUUCAAGAUGAUAUUCAAUUAAAUAGAUGGGAUUUUAAUCCAACUUUAGAAGAAAUGCCAAUAGAGAUGGAUUUUGAACUCGACAUUAACGAUGUAGUUAGUCAAGGAGGAUCUUCCGUUAUCACAAGUAAUGUUGGGCAUUCGGAAAUUAGAAAUUUGGACUUCGAAUCUGAAAACAAUAAAAUUACCUCAAGUUUUUUACCUUUAAAGUUAUCAGAAUCACAACGAAAUGAUCAUUUUCAACCUUCAAGUAUUGACCUUGAGUUAGAACAAGAACACAGUGACGCUGAUGCAACAAAAAUUCCGGUUGAGACGUUGGAUAAUCAAGAAAUACCGUAUCAAGUACCUUCUAAGAAACAAAAAAUUUCGAAUGGUAAAAGUAAAAAUUUCACGACUUCAAUCCUGAUCGAUUCACGUACUGGUCUCCCAACUAAUGUAUUAAGAAAUGCCCAUGAUAAUUAUGUGAUAUUAAUGCAACAAAAACAUGCAAUAGGGAGAAACGGUGGAAAUAAAAGAAAGAUGUUACAAUGGGAAACACUUCUAUUUUCUAAGGAAAAUAUACCUCUAGUAGAGGCCUCCUGGAGACGAUUGUUUUCUGCUGAUCUUUUUCCAGAAGAAAGUGGGAAUCCCGCAUUAAUCGAGAAUGGUAGAAGAGAUGCCACGACAUCUUCCUUAAAUCAUAGUAAUAGUGGCAGCAUUAGAAGUACUGAAGUUGGUAGGCGGCAGGGAAAUUUAGACUUCCUUACAAAUCAUUUCCAAAAUGUCAAUGAAGAUAGCUUGUUAUUAAAUUUAGAUCAGAUAAAUGAAGAUCUUUUGGAGGAUCAUUUAGGUGACUCUUCUAUUGUACAAAGUGUUCCGCAAAGUAAAAAUUCGGAGGACUACGUAAAUAUGAAUAUGCAUUUACUCCCAUCAAGUGUAGGUCGUAAUCUUAGUCGUUACUCAACAAGUAACAAUUUUAACAGUGAUGGACCAGAUAUUGUUGAUAUUUUGAAUAAGCCAAGAGACUCUGAAAGUUCAGUACUUGUAGGUAUAUCAGAGACGAGUACAACAAAUGAUACAGAGGGCUUCACAAAUAGUGAAAAGAGCAUAGCUUAUCACAAAAGAGAUAUAAUAUUAAGUGCUCAAGCAAGAAAAUUUUAUUCGUUUAUUAAAGAAAGAGCACUAUUUCAGGGUGUUUCCUCGAACCUUAACCCACACUUCAAGAAACAGAUAUCAUUUGAAAUACUGGUUCCAAGUAAUGUAUCAAUGGCAAAUGAACCUACUUAUAAAGUAGUGUCAAAAGGUGUCGUUGCUGGAGCUUUCUUCACUCUUUUGACAUUGGCAUCGCAGGAAAUGAUACAAAUUGAAGUCUUAGAAGAAAAGAAAGAUAUAUUGGAGAUGAUCAAUACCGGUGAAGAUAUUAGGAUAUACGUUUAG